AUGCUCCAGUCCAACACCGACGCACGUUCGUUCAAGCUGCAGCCGGCGCCACGACCGAAGUGCAAGAAGCGUCCACAGUCGUGCACCUCCCCGCCUACGCCGGCUGCUGCGUCUACCGCAUUCCCAAUCGUAGACACCAGCUCGGACACCCGGUCUCUGCGGUCGAGCUUUGACGACGAUGAUGCGCCCACACCGCGGGCGUCGCAGUUUGCCUCGCCGCUGUCGCCUCGCUCCAGCAUGUCGGCUGCCUCGGUCGCGUCCAUUCGCUCCUCGAACUCGGUUGCGCGUCUGCUGGCCUCUCUAUCCGUGUCGCCUCGCCUGAAGACCUCGCCGGUUGCUACAGUACCGGUGGUGCUGACGAGCCAAUCGCCGACGCCUUCAUCGCCGUUGUUUCCGCGUCGAACGCUGAUGCGCAGUCUGUCGGCGACGUGCAUGAAUGCACAGCUCAAGUCGCCCACGUCGCCGAUGACGCCGUCGGUGGAUGCAAAGAUGCGCAAGCGCAUGGGGUGGAGAGGCGCGCUCAGUGCGCGCAUGCAGGCCGAAACGGCGAUCCUCUUGUCGCCAGGUAGCCCCAUCACCCCGCGUCGUGCAGAGGCACUCCAUACCCCGACCCAGUCGAGCAUGGCGCGUGACGCGACCGAGGCCGAGAUCGAACCGCUCAGUGCGACGCUCAAGAGGCUCGGGGCCAAGAGACGCACAGAGAGGUUUGCGUCGACAUGCGUACCGGUCCAAUCCCCCCUGCAAGAGGAGAUGUACAAGAGUCCCGAUACGGCAAGCAGCGAGUCGUGGCAGGUCAUGACGGCGACACGAAAGAUCUUGCAGCUGCCCUCGUGGGUGCGGUUUGAGGCCAACCACCAUGCGCGUACGCGAGCGGCCGCCGACAACCGCGCCGCCGCAGCCGAGUACUCCAAGCUUCAACUCGAACGUUCGGCCGCCCAGGAGGCGGAUGCGAUGCUGCCCAAGGUCAGCCAUGUGGGCGAUGUGGCUCCCGACAGUCCGAACGGUGAACUCUUCGCCGGAUUCGAUGUGGAUCUGGGCGCGGAGAAGAAGCAGGAGCCCGAGUGGGUGGUGAGCGUCAUCCGACCACCCAAUAUGGCCGCACUUCGUACGGACAAGGUGGAAGCCAAGGGCAGUAGGGUGUUGGGGGCGGUGCGUUCCGCCUUGCCAGGCUUGGCUCCACAGCGUCGGAUAAAAGACUACAUCCCGCAAGACGAGAGAGAUGGCUGGGGUGGGGUGACUAGGUCAAGUUGGUUUCGCGGCUACGAUAAAGGCCCGCUCGUAUCGCCCAAUCCGCCUGCCAAGCAGCGCGGAUUGAAGAGGAUCAUCCUCCAACCGGCGCGUGGCGAGGAUGAAUGGGAGGAUAUCGACGAGCCUUGCUCUGCCAAACCUGCACCGACGUCGUUUCUGGAGAUGAACGAUGCGCCUCGUUUCCAACCUCGUGUUGCGGCUAGCAGGUGGUUUCCCUUCCGCCCGUCAGGCGCCAAGGUGAAGGAUGGCAAGGAUUGGAUGGGCGAUAUCCAGCUCGACACGUGGCGUACCAAACGACUCGCCGUCGACAAGGUAGCUAGCGAGCUGGUGACGAAACACGGUUCGGUGGAGAAUCGGCCGGUGCGCGGUCGGAGUGCGCGCACAGCCGGGAUCGUCGCCGCCCUCACCGCCGUCCUUGUCGUUGCGAUCGUAGCCAUCGUGAUGACAGCCAAAGACACACCCGUACAGAUGAUGGGAGGAGGAGGGGCGUCGGUGGCGAAUGGGAUUGGACCGCCAACGGCUGUACAGCCUGUGCUCGAUCCAAGACAGUCGAGCGUCGCCAAGGCCGCACACAUGUCGCACACUUAG